CAAAGUCCAGACUGCUUGCAAGACCUUCCAGAUUGGUCACUCGUUGUCAGAGCAGAGCAUGCAGUCUUGCAGAGCUUCUCUCCUGCUUUACCCUGCUCAGAGGUUCUGUAGCUUGUAGGGUUAAGAGCUAGGCUAGGAGGGGCCAGGUAGCAGUGGAAGCAUACGAGACUGGGUACAGUUGUAGCAGAGCCUUCUGCUUAGGCUAGCUUCGUGUUCUCUUUCAGGAGGUGCCUUUUAUGUGCUCACCCUUUCAUGCAGAGUAAGCAUAUUUUUGGUCCUUUAGACAAUUUCUUGAAGUACCAAAUCUGCACCUGUUUUGUUGCUCGUAUGCUUGCAGCUCGUGUCGGAACGGCGGUUUCUUAAUAAGCACAGUUAGCAGCAAACAGUGGUUUGAACCGGGGUCCAACUGCCAUGAGAGACAAGAAGCAGGAGGCGGUUACUUCUGCAUCCGAGCUUGAGGUCCCUUGCAGUACCUAUGAGCUGCUUAAUGCGGGAUAAUCUUUAGAGUCUUGGGCAGUCAAGGACAAGGAACAUUCGAUUUUCUGGGGGAUACGAAGGAGGCAGGCUGGCUUCGUGUAGCAUGGAGAAAGCGACGGUUCAAACGAGCCCACGACCCCAGGGCUCGAAAAGGGUUGUGGCUGGGAAGAGAUCUUUGCCGGACGGCGGCAGGAACUCUGUAAGGAAACUUCAGAAACGGGAAAUCAGCUCCAGUGGGAACUGGGCCAUCAGCCGGACGAACUCCACAGAAAAGUUUAGAAACUUCUGCCUGCUGGAGGAGUUUGACACUCAUGACCCCAAGUCCCACGAGUUUUUGAGGCUUCCCUUCCUCAAGAAAAGGUCGCGGAUAGUCGAGAUUGUUGCGGCGAGGGACAUUGUGUUUGCACUCGCACACUCAGGCGUCUGUGCAGCAUUCAGUCGAGACACGAAUAAGCGCAUCUGCUGCCUGAACGUCAGCCCUGACGAAGUGAUCCGCAGCCUCUUCUUCAACAAGAACAACGACUCUCUCAUCACAGUCUCUGUCUAUGCUGGAGAUAACUUCAGCUCCCUCAAAUGUCGAACAACACCCAUCGAGUACAUUCGCAGGGGCCUGCCCGAGUCAGGGUUCCCCCUCUUUGAAUCCGAAUCGUUGCGGUGGCCGGGCUUCGUGGAGUUCGAUGACGUAAAUGGGAAAGUCUUGACAUACUCUGCUAUUGAUCGGAUCUACAAGGUGUUUGACCUGAAGAAUUACACGAUGCUGUACAAGGUGUCGGACAAGAACGUGCAGGAGAUCAAGAUCAGCCCCGGCAUCAUGUUGCUCAUCUACAACCGCAAGGAGGGCUACGUGCCCCUCAAGAUCCUCUCCAUCGACACGGGGGAGGUGUUGAAGGGGUUCAACCACCCUCUGCACCGCAACAAGAAGGUCGACUUCAUCGAGCAGUUCAACGAGAAGCUGCUCGUCAAACAGGAAAACGAAAACCUGCAAAUCCUGGACGUUCGAAACCAGCAGCUGAUCGAGGUGAACCGGACCGAGUUCAUGACGCCCUCCGCGUUCAUCUUCCUGUACGAGAACCAGCUCUUCCUCACCUUCCGCAACCGGACGGUCGCCGUGUGGAACUUCCGAGGGGAGCUCGUCACCACGUUCGAGGACCACCAGCUGUGGUACCCGGACUGCAACACGAACAACAUCUACAUCACCAGCGAGCAGGACCUCAUCAUCUCGUACUGUAAAGUAAAAGAGGACCCCACCGACCUGGACGACCAUGGGGUGGGGUCGAUCAACAUCUCCAACAUUCUGACCGGAAAAUGCCUCUCAAAGAUUCAGGCCACGGACAAGGAUGACCCCCAGAGGUGGCGGUGCGCCGGCGGAGCUAGGAGAGUUCGAGAGGCCUUGGAGGACGUGACGGCUCUUUUCUACGACGAGGAGAGGAACGAGAUCUACACGGGUAGCAGGCAUGGGCUGGUGCACGUCUGGUCAAAUUGAUACCUCAGGUCCUGUCGGGCUUUCAGGUUGUCGUGUCGGACAAAAAGAGCAGAAGCUGUCUGCUCAUGGAUUUCAUGUGUGUCCUCUUCAAUGUACCAAAGAGUCCGCAGCUUGCGGACUUGGACUUGGACCUUUAAAGGGUCUACAUAAUGCAAGGGCUACUUUCUUCCAAGCACCCAGGGGCACCUGCUUAAACAUUCUUACAUGUGGUCUCGUUUUCAGAAACGCACGAGUCUCAGGAG